AUGGAGUGCCCUACGUGCGGCAAGUACAUUCCCAGCUCGUCACAGGUUCUCCAUUCUGUUCAUUGCGCCAGGAGAGCCUUUGGUUUGGUGCCCGGCGAGUCGGGGACGAGCGAGCAAGUCGCGGCUGCGAGUUCGGCGGCGUCGGGAGCGCUCGACGCGCUUGUUGCCCAUGAGCCAGUAUGCGGCGCGCGGACGGAUGUCUGUCUGGCCUGUGGCAACUACGUCCGCCUGUUUGAGUGGGAUGCCCAUCAGCGGGAGCAUGCUGCCGAAUCUGGCGAGAAUGACGAGCAUGAUGGUGCUGGCGAGGCUCUGGCUGAGGUUGAGGCUGAGGCUGCCGCGCCGAUAGCUCUACACGCGGGUGACGAGGCCGAGCUGCGGCUCGCUGUUGUGGACACAGUGCUUGAUGCAGUCGGCAUCGACCUCAACCAGGUAUCGGACGAGUGCCGGACGGUGCUGAGCGGACUGAGCAGCGGCGGAAAGGCCGAGGUAGCGGCGGCCAAAGCUUUUGUCGUCGACAGCCUCUCUGUCCGCAUCCGAGUCAACCCGUUUGCCGGCUUUGCCGACACUGGUACUUUUGCGGUCCAGCUUGCGAUGUGGAUUCGGUACUCAACGCAGGCUGCACUGACUCGUGGAGCGCGAUCGCUACUUGCAAUGCUGUUGGACUCGCUGCCGGCGCGCAGUGAGGUGAGCCACAUCAAUGCGCCUGGCCUGGUCUCGUUCCCGUCGACGAUUGUGCACGUGCUCCUCGACGUCGUCCUCCCGCUCCUGCUCGACCGCACCUUUGAGCUCGCUGGUGCGCCGGCGCGGUUUCGGCAGGCUUCAUUCAUGGCGCCUGCGGCCGAGCCGGAGAUCGAACCGGCCGACGCCGCCGCGGCAACCGCACGCAAGAUCGCGGCUGCCGUUGCAGCCGCUCAUCGCCCGCAGUGGCUAGCGCGGCUGGCUCUUGUCUCGCUGCAGAACCAAGUGCUUGUGCUGGAGCAUGCACGCGACAGCAGUAGCCCAGCGUUGGAUCCGGUGGUGGCAAGCCUGGUUACUGGUCACAAGGCUGCGAUUGAGAGCGCGGUUGAGGACUUGGAACUUGUAGCGCGGAGUCUAGUCCCGCUCCUUGGUCCGCACCAUGUUCCAGGCUCGCGGCUUUGUGUGGCGUCGCUGGUAGCAUCCCUUGGAUAUGCUUGCGCGAUGCCGAGCCUUCCGCUGGGCGUGGCGCUCUCUGAAGUCCUCGCACACGUGCUGGCGGCGUAUCCGUCGUUUGCGGCGCAGUACAUGUCGCAGUGGCUGGAAGCGUUGGCGGAGCAUAACGAUGUGUGCCAGAGCCUGCAGGGCUCGCUCUCGCUGAGCUCGCUGACGGGUGCGUACCAGGUCCAGCGGGUGCUGAGCAGCGUGCGGCUGGCGGCGCGGAUGGUGUGGCUCAACCCGCACAUGCUGCGGACGCGGGCGCAUCUGAUGCACAUGGUGCGGACGGCCGAGGCGGCGGUGGCAGCACUGGCGAUGGCAGCUGAGCGCGAGCCAGCGCUGGGGCUUUGGCGCGAUGAGGCAGUGGGCGCGUUUGACGGCCUCAUGCGUGGUGUGCCGCUCUUUCUCUACGCCAAGGACGUGCCAUACUUGUCGGGAUGCGGCGAGAUGGCGGCGAUUUUGGAGCUGUCGUCGCCGGCGGCGCAGGCUGUUGUGGCAAAACGCAUCCUCACUGUGGUGGGUGCUACAAGCGACGACGGCCCGCGGUACGGCUCGCUCCACACUUCGCUGGUUGUCCUGCACCUCAUGGUGCGAUUGAUGGGCCUCGACGACCAUCCGCCCGAGCUGGAGAGCAAGUACCUCGAGUUUGCACUGUGGGCGACGGGACUGGUGUGCACCCAGCUCCACGAGGCGCCGCCGGUGUGGAUGAGUGCUGCGUCGCCGCUCAUCCACUCGGUUCUCGGCAGCAUCUUUGUUCAUCCUGCCUUUACUUUGCGGCUCUCGGGCGCCGAGGCGAGCUUCAUGGCCGAGGUCCUCGGCGGGCAGCCGCCGCCGCUCGCCGCGCUCGCCGAUGCGCUCCCCGCCACUGAGCUGCCGGCCGGCAACGAUGGAUAGUGCGCGGGGAGGGGGGGUCAUGCGUUGAGGGCGGCGAAAAAGUCGUCCUCGGUCAUGUCGCUGGAAGCCAGAGCCGGAGCCGGGGCCGGAGCCGAGGCGGCGGCAGAGGCAAAGGCUGAAAACUGUACCGCAGCGGGCGAGGCCGAUGACAGCGGCGGCACGGUGGCGGUUGUCGGGCUCGGAGUCGGGCCUCCAAAGAGGUCCAAGAGCGAGCUGGGCAUGGCCGGCUGGCUUGGAGCAGCUGGUUGGCGAGCGGGCGGAGCGGUCGAGUGCGGCUCUGCGGCGCGGUCCUGAGCGACAUCGGCGAGCGAGAGAGCAGCCAGAUCCAGAAGCGUACCGGUGGAAGAAGAACUCCUCAGCGAGCCCUUUGAGUUUGAGUGCUUGAGCCUCAACGAGCCCGAGGGCGAGGAGUUAGCCGAUGGAGGCUUGACAGCCAGGGGAGCCGGGGUAGACGAGGUGAAGCCCGGCGCAUCUCUGGCAGUCGCUGUGAUAGCCUUUGCCGCCGCCAGAGCCUUUUCCCCCGACAAAGAAGAAGAUCGCCUUGGCCUUUGAAGACGACGUUUGAGCGCGAGGCCACGGACAGGAACAGCAGCUUGCAUGUCAAGAAACGCUGUUGGUACCAGACCUUCCUUGCCCGACUCCAACAACCGACACAGACUCCAAC